CUCCUAUAUAUAUAGUCAUCUUCAGCUUCUUCUUUAAGCAUUACAUCUUGUAUUCACUCCAUGGAAUCUGUUUCUUGCAAAUGGCUUCUACUUUCAAUUCUUUUCCUCUCUUGGGCACACUCCGCUUUAUCUGUGGAUGGGUUAAGUAAUGGUGAUACUAAAGUAAAAGGUGUGAACUUAGGUGGAUGGUUGGUUAUUGAAGGAUUCAUCACGCCUUCACUAUUUAAUAACAUUGUCCGAGCAGAUAUGCUUGAUGGAGCAAAGGUUCGGUUCAAAUCUCUGAAAUCGUACAAGUAUGUAAGUGCGAAGGAUGGAGGAGGUUCAAGUGUUGCCAUCGACCAAACCAAAGCUGAUACUUGGGAAACCUUCAGAUUAUGGCGAAUAUCUGCGACCGAAUAUCAGUUUCGGACCUAUGAUGGACAUUUUUUAUCCUGUGAUGGAAAAGGGGCCCCUGUCACCGCAAAAUCAAGUUACCCGCCUUCAUCAACAGAAACAUUUACUGUUGAUAGAUCUGACCAUGAUAAAGUUCGUAUUAGACAUUCUAGCGGUUCAUAUCUGCAGGCGUCUCCUGGAAAUGUGCUCAAGGCAGACUAUAUUGGGAUCCCAGGAUGGGAUGACGGUAAUGCAGCCAUAUUUGAAAUGACCUUUGAUGGUAGUAAUAUGCGAGGAGACUACCAACUCAGCAAUGGGUAUGGAUAUCAAGAGGCGAAAAAAGUGCUCGAUGAGCACAGAAGCAGCUUCAUUACAGAGCAAGACUUUCAGUUUCUUAGUAGCCAAGGUAUAAACACAGUAAGAAUUCCUGUUGGGUGGUGGAUUAAAGAUGAUUCCAAUCCAGAACCUCCUUAUAUUGGGGGAAGCGCGGCAUAUUUACAGAUGGCAUUCGAAUGGGCAGAGAAGUAUAACAUAAAAUGCAUAAUCGGUCUUCAUGCAUCCCGGGGUUCCCAAAAUGGGAUGGAGCACAGCGCUAGUCGAGAUGGUACUAUUGAUUGGCAUAAAUACAAUGACAACGUCCAGGAAAGCCUUAAAGCUAUAGAUUUCCUAGCUUCCAAUUACGGAAAGCAUCCUGCUCUGUUGGGGAUUGAACUAUUGAAUGAACCAAUUGUUCCUCAAAAUUCUCUAUAUGAGGUCUUAAUACCGUACUACUCAAAAGGAUAUAAAAUUGUGCGGAAGUAUUCAGAUAGAGCUUAUGUACUAAUAAGUCAGAGGAUCAACGCUCGUAACUUAUAUGAAAUUUACGAUGCCAAUGAACUUAAGAAUUUACCAAAGCUCGUGGUGGAUUUUCACUUCUACAAUCUCUAUAUUGAACUCUUCUGGAAUAAGAGCCCGUCGGAGAAUAUUCAGUACAUAAAAAACGAAAGGAGGCGUGACGUGGAAUCCCUAAACGCUCGUAAUGGACCACUAGUAUUUGUUGGGGAAUGGGUGAACACAUUUGGCAGAGGAGAUCCCGGGACUCGCAUGGAACUCCAAGACUACAGUAAGGCACAGUUAGAAGUGUAUGGUUCAGCUUCGUUUGGAUGGGCAUAUUGGACACUGAAGCAUGAAACAGCGCCUCGGUGGGAUUUCAAGAAAAACAUCAAGAACAAAAUCAUGCAGUUACAGUAGAACCUUUAUAUAAGAAUAUCCUUGGGACCGUACAAAAAUAUUCUUAUAUAGAGGUUAUUCUUAUAUUAAGGUCAGAAAUUUUCACCCCAAGGGUAUCGUCGUUUACCAAGCAAGCAAGUCGAAAGAAAAUUUCAGUUAUUCCUAUUAGCAUGUGGAUAUCUCUACUUGCACCAGAUAAUGUAAUGCAAUAAAACAACUCGAUAAGAAUAAAUUCCAGAUAAUGUAAUGCCACUCUAUAAGAAUAAAUUCCAUGAAUCAUAUCAUGUAAGGUUCCCGACUUGGGCCAGGUUAUUAAGAAUAAAUUCUAUACUGUAAUAAGCUCCCUCUAUGGGAAUAUGCGUCUAUACAUUAUAUUCUACUUGAGAAGAUGA